GAGGAGAGGCCCUGCUCUCAUUUGACUUGGCCUCCAAGACAUGCAGGGUGCUGCUGGGUGGAAGCAGUAGCCCAGAAGUGCGUGUAGCCCUCUUUCUGCUGAGCAGACGCCCUUGGCAGCCGAGGCGCAUCCAGCGUGGGUGACGCGGGCCCGGCCAUAAGCCCUCUCCUCACCCUCUGGCCGAAGGUGACGCCCACUCACGCCGCCGGUCCCCUCGCCGACGCGCAGAAGCACGCGGGACGCGGGCUGUGAAGAUGCUGGUCAGCUACUCCACCUGCCUGUUCUCGGGGGUUUGCGCCGCCCUGGUGGCUGUGGCUUUGGCCUAUUACUUGUACUGGACAGCUGUUCUCAGUGAAGGACCCUGCACUCGCUACUGAGUAGCGACCAUGGGCCUGCUCGCCUUCCUGAAGACCCAGUUCGUGGUGCACCUCCUCAUCGGGUUCGUCUUUGUGGUGAGCGGGCUGGUCAUCAACUUCAUCCAGCUGUGCACGCUCGUCCUCUGGCCCCUGAACAAGCAGCUUUACCGCCGGCUGAACUGCCGCCUCGCCUACUCGCUCUGGAGCCAGCUGGUCAUGCUGCUGGAGUGGUGGUCCUGCACGGAGUGCACGCUGUUCACCGACCAGGCCACAGUGGACCGCCUGGGGAAGGAGCACGUGGUCAUCAUCCUCAAUCACAACUUCGAGAUCGACUUCCUCUGCGGGUGGACCAUGUGUGAGCGGUUCGGCGUGCUGGGGAGCUCCAAAGUCCUGGCCAAGAGGGAGCUGCUGUUCGUGCCCCUCAUCGGCUGGACGUGGUACUUCCUGGAGAUUGUGUUCUGCAAGAGGAAGUGGGAGGAGGACCGGGACACCGUCAUCGAAGGGCUGAAGCGCCUGGCCGACUAUCCCGAGUACAUGUGGUUUCUCCUGUACUGUGAGGGCACGCGCUUCACGGAGAAGAAGCACCGCGUCAGCAUGGAGGUGGCCGCCUCCAAGGGGCUGCCCGCCCUCAAGUACCACCUGCUGCCUCGCACCAAGGGCUUCACCACCGCGGUCCAGUGCCUGCGCGGGACAGUCGCAGCCGUCUAUGACGUCACUCUGAACUUCCGGAGAAACAAGAACCCGUCUCUGCUGGGCAUCCUCUACGGGAAGAAGUACGAGGCGGACAUGUGUGUGAGGAGGUUUCCUCUGGAGGAGAUCCCGCUGGACGAGAAAGAAGCGGCUCAGUGGCUGCACAAACUGUACCAGGAGAAGGAUGCCCUGCAGGAGGCGUACAACCAGAAGGGCGUGUUUCCGGGGGAGCAGUUCAAGCCAGCCCGACGGCCGUGGACGCUGCUGAACUUCCUCUUCUGGGCCACGGUUCUCCUGUCCCCUCUGUUCAGCUUCGUCUUGGGCGUCUUUGCCAGUGGCUCUCCCCUCCUGAUCCUGACGUUCCUGGGCUUCGUUGGGGCAGCUUCCUUUGGAGUCCGCCGACUAAUAGGAGUCACCGAAAUAGAGAAAGGCUCCAGCUACGGAAACCAAGAAUUUAAGAAAAAGGAGUAAUUAAUGGCUGUGAUUGAACACACGUAACCUGACGGUGGUAUCCGAUUAACUCAAUUAAAAACAGAACAACACGUACGGAGAGGAAAAAAAAAGACACUUAGAAACUAUUUUUCUUAUUAACUGGUGACUAAUAUUAACCAAUAAACUUGAGCCAAGAGUAAAGAGAUCGGAAGGCCUGCCGGAUGGAGACAGCCGCAGCUCGCGGCAGGGCCGCCUGCCGCUGCCGCCGAGGGAGAUGGGGCGGGCGGGGUGGGGGAUGGCGGUGUCCGCUCUGGGGAGGCGGCUCCCGGGGCACCCGGUCUCAUCCAGCGUCAUCUCUCAAGGACUCCGCCGGCCAGAGAGAGCCUCCAGUGCUUUCUCUUCUUAAAGUUAGGUCCUGUUUUUUGCUUUUGCCCCUGAUUUCGGGAACUCGCCCUGGCCCCUCAGCUCUUCCCCGGCACCCCCAGCAAACGCUCUUCGGGACCCCCCAGUGCUCCUGGGAAUGAAUGUCACAGGGUCUUCCUCCCCACUCCCCAAGGCACAGCCAACACCUGCACUUCCAGACGGCGGGGCUGGGGAGCUGGGGAGCUGGGGAGCUGGUGGGGGCAGGGACGCUGCCGAGAGAGUUCUCUGGGCCACGAGCACACACGGGGUGUCAGAGGGACUGCGCGCCCGUGCCGGGCUGGCGGCACGCACGGGCUGCUACUACCCGCCCCUGCGUGGAGGUGCCCGGUGACUCGCUGAGAUGCAGCGUUCUUCCCGCACCCAGAGCUCCUCUGGCCCUUUCUCCCUGCAGCCUUCGGACCGAGUCCCUCUGCUGGGUGCUGGGGAGGAGGCCACGCUGGGCUGGUGUCCUCUCCCCCGUGACCGGGAGCCCAGGACCCAGAGGUGCUGAGUGUGCCGGAGGGAGGCCUUUGCCCCAUGGCCCCCAGGACGUGCGAGGGCCGCUUUAAAAGCGAGGUCACCACCCGAUCUCUUCUAAAGGUGGUUGGAGGCUGCUAACGCACAGCUUGUUGGCUUUCAGGGAUUUUGUUUUUACGGUGGGUCUUUUGGUGUCUCUCAAGGCCCUGAUGAAAACGAGAGGGGGUGAGCCUGUCUCCCUCCAGUGUCACCCUCCCUGCUCUGAGCAGGCACAAGUGUCCCUGGGGAGGGCCAGGUGGGCGGCUUCCCAGCCUGGCGGGGCCCACACCCACAGGUGCCCAGUGGAGUGUCUCCCCAGGGUCCCAACAGCCUGUGCUUGGCCUGUCCUCUCAGCCUCCUUCUUAGGCAUGGCCCUAGAGGGAGGCGUCUGAUCUGAAAGUGAAGGUUUGAUAUACCGAGGCCGGGCUGGGAGCGGCUGGGCAGACGGAGGAGUGGGGCGGAGGGCCUCCCCGCCUCCUGGCGGGGCUCAGCUCAGUUACUCCACUCCCACCCACCUGCACUGGGCUUCCUUCUUGCACUUUCAAGUUAGUUUUUUAAAGUGACAUUCCCCUCAUCUUUUUUUUUUUUUUUUUUUUUUUUUAGCAAGGGAAAGAAAAUAACGGGUGUUCUCUCUGAUACACUGUAACCAGCAUUCUGAACAGAGGCGGGUUGGAUUUUCUAGGAAAACAAAUGGAGGAAAGAGACAUGAAAAACAUUAGAAACUAUAUUGGAAAAAAAUAAUAAUGUGUUGGCCCUAAGUGUGUAUUUUGGGAAGAUUUAUCAGGAUGGCAUCAAUUCUUCGUAACAGCAACACGCUCCUGAAUUUUUAGGUUUGGUGACAGGGGCGUUUUCGCCUCUGUCUUAAAGCACAUCCCCUGCUCCCUCCGGGCCGAGUGGCCACUUUGGGGUUGAUUUGUCUUCGCACAGCGCGCUGCUCGUCUGUUUUUAUGGGCGUUCAUCGGCGUCAUUCGCCACGUCGCCGAUACCUAAAACGUUUUCAAUGAGACGGGGAAGGAGGAGGGUACCCCUAGGCAGAGCCAUUAUGAAAAAAAAAAAAAAGCAAAUUUAGAUCUUUUACUGCUUAGUUAGUUACUAGUCCUGGUUUCCAAGAUAAGUUCCUUCCGCUGGAAAUUAAUACAUAAUGUGCGAGUUCUACGUGGAGUUCAUGAGCAGUACAGACUCUUCCGUAAGCAGAGACCAAGACCAGGGUGUAGGUUUCAAAUCUCAGCGAUUCCUUCUGAUUUGACCCAGAGCAGCUCGCGCAUCACACCCUAAGCCCUUCGGGAGCAAUAAAAACUACAGCACGAAUGUUUCAGGCUUUUUUUUUUUUUUUUUUUUUGAGAAGGUGCCUCUCGCCUUCCAUUGACUUCAGAAGAAAAGGGGGAGGGGAGCUCUUAGUUUUUUACAAAUUAAUAAAUUGCAGAGUAGUGCUUUUCUUUCUUCUUUGCCUUCACACCCACCCCCGAGCUCCAUCUGUUGCUGGAGUUGUCAUGUCCAAUUCAUGUUCCAAGCGUCGGAACAGGCCGUGCUGGUUGCUGCUGCCGGCAGGCGCUGCGGGCCCCGGGGGCUCCCUCUACACUUGCUCUCGGUCAGUCUAGGGCUGGGCGCUGUGUGCUGGCCCUCCCCGCUGGGGCAGGCUCUGUGGCUGGCAGCGUGCCUCUGGAGCCGGCUCGCUGAUCCUGCAGGGGAGGGGGGCGUGUGUGAGGCGGGGUCGGGGGGGGUGGUCACUGGCUGCGUGUUUCUCAGCUCAGGGCAAGGCCCCACUCCCAGGUGCCAGGUUCCAAGCCCUUUGUCAUCUUCCACCUACAGGUCUCGGCUCUGCCCAGUGCGUGGAGUUUGGCUCGUGGGGCUAGCCCCUGUGUCUAGCUGGGGAGAAAGUUGCAGUUCUCCAGGGCCCCUUUGGGGUGUUCCAGGGGCUUCUAAGGUGACUGUGAUAUUUCCAUGGUGACUUUGUAGCAGCCACCAGCACCUGGGGACUUUCUGGCUCCCCUCUGCGGGGUCUUUCGGAUGGCAUGGUGCGCGGUGACUGUGCGCGCUGCUCGCAAGCGAGCAGAUGCUGGGGAAGGCUUGGCCGACCAGAGGGACAGCAGGUCAUAGAGUUGUCUCUUUCUGUGCGCCCUCUUUUUCUCCAAACAGGCCUGGCGGAGCGUGUGGAGUCGCUCCCCCCUGGGGAGUUUUAACCCCGAGAAGCAGCACUGGCCGCCCAGUGCUCGGUGGCAGCACGCUAGACGCACGGCCCCGUCCGAGGUGCUUCCCAGGCCCCGUCCUCAGGAAGCAUGGGAUCUGGUUGAUACGAGCUCUGAACGUAGAAACCACUAAAUAAUGACAAAGCAACAAUGUACACAGCACAUUCUUGUAAAACAAACAAACAAACAUGAAUGCAGGUGUGGUCACUGAUUAAUUCUGAAUAAUCUGCCUUGUCCCUGGUCGCCGCCUGUGCACCGAGGCGGGAGGACCUUCCUCGAAUUCGCUCCGUCGCUGUGCGUGGCGUCGGUCUGAAGAAAAGCGGCGGGCACAAGUGCGUGCGUUCGGGAGCUGUCGCCAGGCCGUCCACGCCCACGUGACUGAUGAUUAUGUCAGAUUUGGGGUGAAGAAUGAGUAACUCUCUGCAUGUUGCUUUGUCUCUGCCCGAGGCACCUAUAGGAUAAGCCAAAUAGAAUCUUGCAGCCCAGCCGGCUUGCAGCUGAAUCGUUCAACCCCGAGCGUGAACUCACGCUGCGAACUUCUCACCCACUAGUGCAUGCUCCCCCCAGCAUGCAGCACCUAGCGUCCAAUGGUGUGAGUUGGCUUCCAACUCUCCUGCCCUGUCACCAGGCUCAGGACUGAAAGAGCUGGGCCCGCCGUGCCCGCCUUCCUUCCCUCUGGAGACAGCACGUCCCUGGCCCACGUGCCUGCCCCUUUGUCUAGCAAGUUAACUCACAAAGCGAAGGCCAGCCUCUCCGAAUGCCCAGGCCUGGGUCCUCCAACCCCACUCCUGGCCAUACCACCCACUGGGCCUGGGCCAGGCUUUGUCCCAAACCCUGCUCGGGACUGCCAGGGUGCAUGCGAACAUCCGGGUUUCACAUUCUUGCACAACAGGGCCAGGAUGCAGAAACACAGGGACAGUGUCUGGGUAGAAGGUGUCACACUGGGUUCUCCUUGAUGGAGGGGGUGGACACUGUGAAUUGGGUUUUAGCACAAGUGGUUGCCACCAGCUGAGUCGUUGAACAUGGCGGCCUUCUCACAAACCACUCGGGAAAUUCAAGGACAAGAUUAUUUCAGGGAACCCGGGAAGUACCGGAGAAGCUGACCCCAGUCAGCCCCAGCGGCAGCCACGCAUUCUUUUCCAGGACAAUUGGAUGGCUUUAAAUUUUUAAGCUUUGUAAAUGACAAGUUCACCUGGAGUUUUCUUUUCUCGUAAACUUGUUCAUUUCUUAACUUUUCCUUGCGUAAGUAUUUGGACAGAAGUCAAACUGUGAAUGAGAUACUGAAAUGCACUAAAUUGUAUUAAACUGGAGUUACUUGAUACAAUGAGGAAAUGCAUCCGAUCUGCUUGUAUUUAUUGUCUCAGAACUGCUACAUCGCGACAAUCAAAUGUUACUUGCCUACAUGCCAGGAAAUGCAGCUGGCUUCUUAAUCACAAAGACCGUCAGCAAGUUUCGUACCACCAACUAAUCAUUCAACACGAAGGCCGUCAGCAAGUGCUGUCCGUGGAAACGAGAAGCUCUCUGUGGAAAACCACACAAACCAUCGACCCCAGUGCGUAUGGCAGACGCCGACAAUCUGCCGUAGCUGACCGUUGGCCGGUCUCAAAGGGUGGCACGUCGUCUACAGGGUGCAAAUGUGUUUAUGGACGUUCCUUUUGUACACUUCCUUUUUACAAGUUUGCUACUCACAACCUUUAUGUAGUUGGAGACAGAGGUAUUUUUGGUCUAUAGGAGCCGGGGCGGGGGUGGGGGGUGUGCUGACUUAGAUUUUAAAAGCCUGUGUCCCCAAACCCCGACUGUUCGCCAUGCUCCGCGAAGAUCGCUUUGUACACGGGCGUGCGUCAGCCCGCCGGAGUGGCGCCGUGUUCCAGAUAAAACGCUGCAGGCGUCAUACUUAUUUAUUAAAGUUGCUGCUGUGAGAGAGAGGGAUAAAAUAUCUGCCAUGUAAGAGAA